GCGGUGGAGGCGGCGAUGGCGGCGGCCUCGUCGUGCGCGGCGGGCGGGAGCCGGGCGGGCGCGGGCGCGGCGGGGCCCGGCUGGAGCGAGGCGCAGUUCCGCCGCUACGCCUUCGAGACGCGGCCCAUCCCGCGCCUCAGCCACAGCGACCCGCGCGCCGAGGAGCUCAUCGAGAACGAGGAGCCAGUGGUGCUGACAGAUACGAACCUGGUUUAUCCUGCGCUGAAAUGGGACCUGGACUACCUCCAAGAAAACAUUGGCAAUGGGGACUUCUCAGUCUAUAGCGCCAGCACACACAAGUUUCUGUACUACGAUGAGAAGAAGAUGGGCAAUUUCAAGAACUUCAAGCCCAAGUCAAGCAGAGAAGAGAUGAAGUUUGCUGAGUUUGUGGACAGACUUAAAGAAAUACAACAGAAAGGCAGUGCUGAGAAGCUAUACCUGCAGCAAACCCUAAAUGACACAGUUGGAAGGAAAAUUGUGGUGGAUUUUCUUGGCUUCAACUGGAACUGGAUUAACAAACAGCAAGGGAAACGUGGCUGGGGUCAGUUGACCUCUAACUUGCUUCUUAUUGGCAUGGAAGGGAAUGUGACGCCAGCUCAUUAUGAUGAGCAGCAGAACUUCUUUGCUCAGAUUAAGGGCUACAAGAGAUGCAUCUUGUUUCCUCCUGAUCAGUUUGAGUGCCUCUACCCUUAUCCUGUGCACCAUCCAUGUGACAGGCAGAGCCAGGUGGACUUUGACAAUCCUGACUAUGAGAAGUUUCCAAACUUCCGGAGCGUUGUAGGCUAUGAGACGGUGGUGGGUCCAGGCGAUGUGCUCUACAUACCUAUGUACUGGUGGCACCACAUUGAGUCUCUCCUGAAUGGGGGGAUUACCAUCACUGUGAACUUCUGGUACAAGGGUGCCCCUACCCCAAAGAGAAUUGAAUAUCCAUUAAAGGCUCAUCAGAAAGUGGCAAUAAUGAGGAACAUUGAGAAGAUGUUGGGAGAAGCCCUAGGAAAUCCACAAGAGGUGGGUCCCUUGUUGAAUAUGAUGAUUAAGGGACGGUAUGACUAAUGGCUGACUGCCCGGGUGGCUGAUGUUGGAGCUGCUUUGUUCACGAGCAAUGGAAGAUACUGAGCGCUAGUAUUGCACGCAGCACUUAAGAGACUGAUGGGUUUUCUGGCCCAUCAUUGUCCCUGCCCCACUACAAUACAGGGGGCUCCUGGAACUGCAGAACCAUUAGAGUAUCCCAUCCAUCCUCCACUCUCAUCUAACUGAACCUCCCAAGAAAGAGUCUGCACUUACUGGAAGCUGGAUUCAUGCUCACUAACUUGUUGUUUUUUCCCCUCCCUCUGCCCUGUUUACCACAAUGAGGAGCAUGGCUUCUGGCACUCAGAUACGUUGCUUAAGGAUUUUUCAGGCAUUUGAAGAAGAGCUUGGAGAGGAACCAGGAGUGGUUUUGUUUCCUCAGCCUCCUUGGCUUGGGUUCCAUGUCUGAGUUUGUGUUGGUGCCUGCAGUGGAUAUAAGAUGAGAAAUGUUAGAUUUCAGUCCUCUAUUGUUAGAGGACCUGUCCAUGCUCAAUAUUGGCACCUCUUUGUAUAGUGGAAAUGAACAUGUGAUGGCCUGUGUGUGAGGAGCAACUAGACAAAUGAUUAAUUUCCUUCAACUUGARACAUUUAUGCUUGGGACUUUGGUACAGAGUAGAGAGAUCAGAGUGAAUUCAUCUGGUAUGUGAGCACUGGAUCCUUUGCUGUCCAAAUGACAUCUSUGUUGUAGGAGUAGAGAUAAACCUCCUUCUUUCUGACAGCAGCUUUCUCUGCAGAGUGAAGGCUUCUCCUGCUGUUUAAAGCUGCAGUAUGGUUAAAAGGGGAUGUAGCAUUAUGAAGGGAGAUACAUAAAUGCCAGGGCACUCUUCAAGUCUUGGAUGUUUAAGCUACAUUUUUAAAAGAAGUUUUCCAGGGAUGGUGAGCUUAGAAGCUCAAACUGCCAUGUCAGACAGGUACAGAGCCUCCCUUUUCCCCACCAAGGGUGCUGGCUCCUUUGACUAACAUGGGAAGUGCCCUUUUUACUGAAACUGCAAGAACUCGUGUGUGUGUGUGUAUGGCUGCGCACCGGUGCGUGUGUUUGUGUGAUGUUGUAUGGCUCCUGUCCAUCGGGUGAAUUCACGCCAGGGUGUGAUUCCCUUUGUACAGUCACGUGAAAGAAGUCAGGGCUUUCUGUUUAAAUGUGGUUAAGUUUAUAGUCAUCCUUUAUCUAUUCUGGGAUUUGACAUGGCAAGCCAGGAAGCACCAAAGAACAGGGCAGAGUAAGUAGGAGAGCCUCUGUUCAGAGACUGUUUCAAUAGUAAUCCUGAAAAAUCAUGUGUGCUUUCUUUCUCCUCUUCCAUGCAGAAGCAUUAGGCUCAUAUGGAGGCUCUCUCUUCUCCUUUACUGUGCACUGCCUGGCUGUUCCUGACUUGGGGGUGGAGCAAGGGAGCUGUAUAUUUAGUGCGGUUGUAAUGGGUUCCAGGAGCUAGAGGUAGGAGAAACUGUUUCAUACCCCAUCUAACUCAUCCCAGAGCCUAGUGGGAGAUUGUUCAAUUUAGACUUCCCAGUGCUUUCCCCUUUGUUCUUCAGGGCUUGUUCUGACAUGCUUUUCUGAUAAAUGUGUUGAGAAGAUGCUGCUGAGGAAGCACUUUUUAGCUUCAGGUCCCAUCUUGUCCCAAGACAGCUCAUGUACCACUUGCUGUGAGCUCCUCUUGUACGAAGGUGGAAGACUUCUCUAAUGGGAGUCCAAGGAGCUUGUUCUAUAGCUGCUUUACAGGUCAGGAGAAGAAAAAAGAAGUGUAAUUGGCAGCUGCCCGGGCUCUUAUUGCAAAAUGUGUCCACAUUGCUGAGUAAUCUGAUUGCCAUGCUAGUUGUUGCAGACUAUCCAGAGCUCUGGUUGACAAAAGACAAAGGUCACUCAGCUGGAUGCUUUUCAAUACACAGCCUUUGGGCAGGUGGGGAAGAAGGCCAGGCUAGAGACUCUGGCCAGCAAAUAAAGCCUUCCCAGGAAAUCUGGGGUACCUGCAUAGCCUCUGCAUUAGUUGGAAGAUGUUCAAGUGAAAUUCCAGCUCUGUGCUACUUAUUUAGCACAAGGUAGAUUCAAGUACUACUUGUUAGGCACCAUCAGUUCUUGAAGCUCAGGGUGGGAGUUCACAUCCCUUGUGGAGAGGGAAUGGUACAUGUGGAACUUACGGAUUUUUUUCUUUAUUUGCCAAAGGUCUAACUUUAAGUGUCUGAACAGUUUUUGCUGCACUUGACUUUGUGAAAGCUCAUUUACAAUGCACUGAUGGACUGACUCCCCCCUUCCCUUUUCACCUUGUGCUUUCAAUGCCCCUUGCCAUGGUAUUGGGAAGCUGUGU